AUGGGUCCUUUUGCGUCAAACAACUGGGCUGGCUGGCCCUACGCUGCCGUCAGCGAUCCCUUCGCCACCGCUGCCGCCUACUCCCACAUCACAAACGCCAACUAUCCCCCAUAUGUGGCCGAUACCAUGGACGUAUAUCAGGCUCACCACCAACGCCUGCUUAACCAGCAAAUCCCUCGCACUACAGAAUCCAAGCCUCGUCUAUCCAAGGAGGAAGUUGAAGUUCUCGAGGCCGAAUUCCAAAAGAACCACAAGCCCAACAGCACAACAAAAAAGGCUCUUGCCGAGUCGAUGCGAGUAGACAAUGCUCGUAUCAACAACUGGUUUCAAAACCGCCGUGCCAGGGAAAAGAAGGAAAAGAAUAUUAGAGAGUACGAGGCCAAGCAGAGACAGGAAAAGGAAAAGGCCGUGGCUGAGGGUGCCAUUGUCGGUGGUGAUCGCAAACGUGAUCUAGUUGCCUCUAGUGCUCCAUUCCCGGGCGCCCAAGCUGCAUUACACACUCGCGAUGGCUCAAAUUCUCCAGUGAGCUCUCCCGAUGCUGCCGGACUCGACAUGGUCAGGUCAGACGAUGUCGUACCUUCCAUGGAGACUACCUCGGACCUCAUUGGCGAGGUCGCUUCCUUUUCUCCAGACAAAUCAACUAGAGAUGACUGCGAAGACAAGUCGCCAGAGGAUACGCACGACCAUCUCUCGGCUUCUGAUGCAAGCGCCGAUGGCUUUUCCAUCAGCGAGAGUGAGCUAUACAUGCCCUUGGACGACCGCAGCCCUAGCCAGAUGCUCGGCUCUGAUUACCACGGCAUGGUCGCUGGAGCUUCCAAGGUCAACGCUUCCAUGGUCGCCGGUGGCAUUGAAAUGGAGCAGCAUGAUUUUAGCCUGGACGAUCGCGAGAUGUCCCUGAGCCCAACCUCUCAACUUCCGCCCGGCAUGCAUCUCAGGUCUCCUCCUUGCAUCGAACUUGCCUCUCGCCGCAACAAACGCCCGACUCCCCUGUCAAUCAACGCUGCUCGCGUCGGCACACCGGGAGCCGGGGUUCCUAGAACCGCCAUCGGCAUCAACAGGAUGGCCGAAACUGCCAGCUUUAUGCGUAGAACUUCGUCCGCUUCGAGCUCUGGACGCAUCUCCAAGCCGACCACUACGCCUCGCAAUAUGUUUAGCAUGCACCGCUCGCCUUCAUCGACUGGUGCUGCUAGCUCCAUGGCUCCUCCGACGCCCGACACCCCCAUGGUUGCUAAUGCUCACGGGAUGAAUGACCUGGCCCUGUUGGGCCCCUUCUCGCUGGAGACCAAGGCGGCGGGCUUCAAUUCGCACGAUCCCACGCUGUCGACACCUCCAAGCACCCCCGGCAACAUGGACAGCAUGUACAACAUGCACUCGGCAUACACCAUGGGUAUCUCGGAGGAUUAUCUCGUCAACACGGGUCUGUCUAGUCUUCCUCAGUCCUUUGACCUGACGGCCAUGUCUGUGCCUGGAUACGUCAACAGCACUGGUGUCCCGGUCCAGCAAGGCGCCGAGAUGUACAACCAGGAAAGCAGCCCUGACUAUAUGGGCCUCUACGGCAACGCCGGCUGGUCUAGCGUUUAG